AUGCCUACCAUCACCCCUAGCGCCAAUCAUACCACAGUCAUUUUCACCGCGAGUGUUCUGGCACCUCGCAUGAGAGAGAGAGAGAGGCACGCCACCCAGAUCUUAAUGGGGCUCUUGUUUGGGACUCUGUUUCUCGCGCUCAUUGGGAUUCUCUUCUUUUGCGGUCACCGCUACCAUCAGCGCAAACAUCUGCUGAGGAAAACGGGAGAUACCUCAUGGACCGGGUGUAUAAAGAGGCCUUUCCGUGCCAUGCAUAUCUUACUGCGUCGCCAUGAACGUUACGCAGAAGAUGCUGACGCCCAAGCUGGUGUCCAUCCCAUGAACUUGAAUGCCUUUCCGCCGCCGCCAAGCCGCGCGUCAACAUUUGAUCAGCGCUUGCCCGAAUACGCUAAAGACGCACCCGGGACAGAGCCUAUUGCGGAGGAGCGGCAGGAAGGUACUCCUAAGGCUGAGAGAGCACAAUGA